UUAAUCUAAUUUAAUAAUACAUAACGUAAAGUUACUUAUGUCAUAGCAUUCUUUGGCAAAUUUUUGGUCCUGGAUUUUUUCUUUGUUCUUUGUUUCAUUGUUUCUUUGUUUCUUUGUACUUUAGGCCUCCUGGAGUUUCCAACAUUGUUUCUAUUUAUUUACCAAUAUAGGAAACAAUUAAAAUAUGUUGAUGGUUAACUCUCUUUUAAGGGAAGUAAAAAAAUUAAACCCUGUGCUUUCCCUCAAGCUUUUUUCCUCUGCUUUCUUCCUUGGUGCACCUUUUUGACUUUUUUUGUUUGUACAGAACAAACUUACUUGCGUAUACGUAUGCACGGAAAACCCUGACUCGGGUGUUUCCAUGUCCACACUAUAAAAAAGCUAGUCUCUUUGCAUGUGCUCACAAUUGGCACAUUUCUUAUCUGACACACACAUCUCACACACACAGACACAGACACAGAGACAGAGACGAUGACUCGAAUUUCAGCUACCGUGAUCAUACUUAUGGUUGUAGCUCUUAGUGUGCUUCAUACAGAUGCCUCUGCUUUGUCAUGUUGCAGGAAGUAUACCAAAGGAGUAAUAUCAAUGACAUAUAUUAAAGGAUAUUCCAUUCAGACCAUGACAAGAAACUGCCACAUUGAUGCUGUCAUAUUCCACACAUACAAAGGCAAGAACAUCUGCACAGACCCCUCCAAAGCCUGGGUGAUGGAAAAUAUCCGUAAGCUAAAGGAGAAAGUGCAAGUAAUCAGCAAAAAACAUUCAAGGGUCUAAUUGUUCAACUACUGAGCCUAAACUGAUGUUACUACAAGAAUAAUUCUUCGUGGAGGGGGAUCUAUUUCUUUAUGAAAUUUACAUAUUUACUCUGCAUAUUUGUAUAUGCAUAUUAUUUUAUACUGUUUGAUUGCUUUUUUAAUUCAAUGCAUUAAAAUUUAAUGUAAAAAUGUAAAAAAAAAACUUGCCUUUUGUAUUGAAAUGAUUUUCAUAUAAAAUGGAUAAUAAUAAUAGUGUGUAUAUGCAAUGCAUGUGUAAUGCAAUUAAAUGUCACAAA